ACAACAGAAGAAGCUAACAUGGCGGACGUUUAUUUUUAAAGCUAACUUUUUCAUAUAAACUAAACUUACCCAAUUUAUAAACAGUAAGAGAGUCAAAAAAAAUGGAUAGAGGCCUAAGGAACAAUUUGGGAAUUGUUGAGGAAGAAGAGGAUGAAGAAGAAAAUAGUGCAAGAUCUGAUGGAGAAGAGUCUGAUGAUGAAUCUGAACCAGAGAGUGAUGAUGAGGCUGAGGAAGGAACUCGUAGAGGGGAACCAACAAAAUUUGACAACCUUUGUGAUGGUGUUCUUAGUGCAAUCGCUCUUGUGAAUGACUCUUUACAAGAACUCCUAGAGCUCAAAGAUGAAAUGCUGAAACAUUCUCUUCCACCAACUCUUCUUAUUCAAACUGCAAUGAUCAGUAAUCGUUUGUUUAGAAGCAUAAGUGACCUCGGCAUGCCAGUUGAGGAGUUGGUUAGACUGGUCCGUGUGUAUGCCACCCCGUGGGAAGAGAAAAGUGCUGCACUGAAGAAGCUACAUGAAGACUACGACAGCAAACAGAGGCAGCUCAAUAUUGCCAUCAAACGUUUACAGCUGGUGGAUGCACAUUCCAAAAGGAUAGCUAGAGAGAAGAGAAUAAUGAACUGGGAGAAGCUCUUCUCCAAGAUGACCAGUACUAGAGGCCACGGCAGAAGGUGGAAAUUUCUCAUUGAAACCAUCAAACAGAAAGCAAAACUUGGCCUAGAGCAUGUUCAGGCCUAUACAGCAAGCCUUGAAGAAUCAGAUAAUGAGGAAGAUGAAAAUAAAAAUUCUAGCCAUAAACUGGAUGAUAUAAAUGAAGCAGAGGAAACUUUAGUGAGUAUAGGGGAUGAUCUUGAUGAAGAAGAUGAAGAGAGAAAAAAUGAUGAAUUAGAGGAAAAAGCUGGUGAAGAAUUAGAAGGUACUGAGUCUAUGGUGAGUGGUGACACAGGGAGGUCUGAGGAGAGUGGUGAGUCACCCACUGAUGGCAGCCAUUUUGGGAGGGGAGAUCAUCCAAGGAUUACCAGCCCAAAGAAAGUCAGAUUUGAAGAACUGGUUUGCAGACCCCCAAUGAAGGAUGCUGAUGUUUGGACAGAUGAGCCGACGUAUGAACGGUCGCUAUUUAUACGAACUUUUUGUCCUGAAGGCCUGAGACAACUGGAGCUGAAGUGUUCCAUUUCUUACGCUGGGAAAAUGUUGAAAACACCCGUACUAGACCCUGUCAUUGAUGAGUCAGAUGACACACCAGAGGAAAGGAAGAGACCCCAAGCUGCCAGGCAAGGGGAAGAAAGGUCUAAAUCUAGAGAAUCUUCACAAACUCCAAGCAAAAAGAAAAGGUUCUUUGAGUUUGAGAUCAAGCUGCCAGAUGAGGUGAGGGAGGGUGUGCUGCUGCUGGAAGAGCCGACCAUGGCAGAGCCAGAGAGCAUUCAAUUUGCUGUCCAUAAAGGAAGAUAUGAAGAGAUCAUUGCCAUGACAACCAUUGACUUUCAAGACAUUAAAAAAAUGACGCUCGAAAAAGUUUAUUUGCCACCAAAUCUGGCAGACGAUGAUGUUGGUCUCAAGUCCAGAACAAAUUCCUUAAGUGCAUCUAGUUUAUACGCUGAAUCUCUCGGAGACUCUGUGGACAUCCCCAUCAUGGCAGAUGAGCACACCUUAAGUCUAUCUUCUGCACAAAAUGAUUUAGUUCAAGGGAAAGAACCUAUUCCUUUCCCACUAUAUUCCUUACACACUGGAAAAUCAGACGCUGUCCAGAUGCCCAGUGGGACACUCCCAUUACUGAUGUACUGGUCAUAUCGACCGCGGCCACAGCGAUGUAACAGACAGUGUGGCACAAUGGGAGUCCAUGACUUGGUCUAUGAUUUGACUGGCAUUGACUUGAGAGAAACCACCAAAGAAGAUCUACAUAAAGAGAUGGUGGACAGGGCCCAUUCAGUGGCCAACUUCACACCUGUAAUCCAAGAGCCUGAUGAAUUAUAUUUAUCAACAUUUCAGCAGGAUGAAAUAGAAAGGAAAGAAAGUCCUGUGAUAAUUGAAGAAACAAUAAGCAAGUCAGAGUUUGAUCAGAUGGUUGAGCGCCAUCAAGAAGAAAUAAUUUACAUGCAGGAUGAAUAUGAAAAACGCCUGCAAGAGAUGAUGGCUAGUCUGGAAUCUUUGCAAACAGAGAACUCUAACUUGGCACAUUUGCUGACCCAAAGACCUGUUUCUGUUAGCCCUCAUCAACGACCUGUUUCUGUUGGCCCUCGUCGCAGCAUUACUCCCAAAGCUAUAUCCCCUGUCUCAGCCAAACAUUCAGACAAUGUGAGCUACCCUAACUCACCGGCACAAAAAGAGGACAACAGAGUUCCAUCCAGCAUGGCACCUGCCAGGUCUGCUACAGAACCUGCCGGGCUUGUACAACUGGAAGAUUCACUUCACUCUAAACCUCGCCCACAGCCUCCAAAGCUACAGAAGCCAGUUAAAAACUUUAGGAUCGGGCGGCCAUUACCAAAAUGGGGGGAGAGAGGCCCUCAAGAUUUCUUUGAGAGACUGCGACUGUGGGAGGAAGAAAGUAAACAACAUAAAGAGGAACUCAAUGAAAAAACUUUUAAGGAAAUCAGGGAAAGUUUGGAGAAAAAACUGGCAGGGCAACACAAGCUAAGCAGGAACGAGGAAAUGUUUUAUGAUGCACUGAAAGAUGUCAGCCUGCCUGCUCUGUUUAUGCCCUACAAGAGGGGAAAUGUCUUCAACCCACGAGCUCACCAAUACUUCCAUCCAUCAGGCUCAACAGAGGUUCGCCUGACGCAGCCUCCCUCAGUUUUCCAGUUGCCUCCCUUACCUUUAAAUAAACUUCAAGUAGUGAAUCUUUUUGAGCUUAGUAGAAACUUCCAUCAUCGUGGACCUGAUUGGUUGAUUGAGAGAUACAUUGAACAACAACAGCCAGCCAAUGAAGAGAGCUCUCAAACUCCUGCUCCAACAUCUGUCCUUGCACAAAUCACUGCUACACCCGAGACAAAUACUUUUCAUGAAAAUUUGGAAUCAGUUGAGAGUCAGACAAGUUUUCCCAAAGAGGAGCAAGUAACAUCCUGAUUGGUUGUUAGAAUUACUCUAAUUCUAAUGCAAUUAACCCCUCUUAAUAAGUUGUCAUUAUUAAAUAUCAUAAUAAAUAAAAUAUUGUAUGACUAGAAGCCAAAUUAAAACUAAUUCUGUAAAUAAAACAUAUU